CACCGGAAGCUGAAGUUGGACGGUGGGCUGUGCGGUUCCAUGUGGUCCAGCUGGGGAUGCAGCGCGGUGGCCGGGCUCCUGGGGGCGCUGGCAGCAUGCUCUGCCAAACUAGCGCUCGGAGCGGACUACCUGAGGGAGCUGUGUGUGGCGUACGCCGGGGAGCGGGCGGAGCUCUGUGAUUGGAUCCACCUCCUGCUUCGUCUUUGCUGUAUAGGACUUGUGUUCCUGUGCAACGCUGCUAUGUGGACAUUCUUUGCCAAAGCAUUAAGAUCCUCCUCCUCUUCAGCAGCUGCAACUGUAACCACAACUGCUUCAAAUUUUAUUUCAUCUGCAUUUCUGGGCAGCGUGCUGUUUGGAGAGUCCCGCGCUAUUCUCUGGUGGUUUGGAAUUUCAAUCACUCUCUGUGGACUGAUUUUACUGCACACGUUUUCACCACAAGCAGAAGAGCCCGCAAAAAAGAAAAGUUAGAAGAGGCCAUCGUUUGGAUGAUCAGUUUUAUCUGGGUGCUUUGUGUACUUGUGUGCUUCUACCUGGGGGUCUUGAGUCUCACGUCCUCUGUUUCCUGCACAAUUUAGGGGGGCAUAAAUGAGCAAUUACAGCAACACAAC